AUGGGCAAGUUGUACCAUACCUCAUGCUUCUACUGUUCUAUAUGCAACAAAUCGUUGAGGGGGAAAGUAUUUUAUGACGUGAAAGGAACCAUAUACUGUGAAGAAGAUUAUAAGAAAUCAGGCUACAAACAGUUGUCCGAAGUUUGCAAGGCCUGCAGUCGCCUCAUUCUCGACGUGGUAGUCCAGGCUGCAGGCCACGCCUACCACACGGGCUGUUUCAAGUGUAGUCAGUGCCAAUCAUCACUUCAGGAUCAAAAUUUUAUCAUCGAUUCUAAAAAUACCCUCCUCUGUGUUGAUGAUUACUAUAAGAUUCACUCGAUGGAAUGUGCUGCCUGCAAGAGACUAAUCAAACCAGCAGACGGAAGCAAUGAGGUUGGUAAAGUGAUGGUGAUGAACAAGAGUUAUCAUGCUGACUGCCUUGCCUGUAGUGACUGCAAGAAAAAAUUAGGAACAGGGUCUGAUUCAGGCUGUUACCCCCUCAAUGAAGAUACCAUUUUCUGUAAGAUGUGCUACAAUAAGAGGAAGCCAUCUUAA